AUAUAAUUAUUAGCAAUGACACAAACGCCAUUUUCUCAGAUAUAUAAAUGGCAAUGUAAAACCCGUCUCAUUUUAAACCCACAUUCUGUUGUACAAGUAACUUUGCAGGGAUUUUGUGACAGGUGCUCAAGAAUUCAGUAGUGAUGACAAUGUUCUCCGUGGACGUUGCAUCCCUUGCUAUACUGUUUACUACAGUAGUUCAGUAUUCUGAUGCAGCAAGUACUGGUUGUUUGUACAGUGAUAUUUCAAGCCAGUUUUCAGACUGCCUACAGAACCAAACGGAUGGUAACAAUUUAAAUGAGCUAAUGAAAGGGAUAUUUGAAAGGGCAGAAGUUAAUGAAGAACAAUUUUUGUCCGAACUUACAUCACUUUGCGGCAAUGAAUCGGUCAUUGACAGUUAUACAGUGUGUGCUGACAGAAGCACCGCUGACUGUCCCCAGUUUGCCUUUGAUGUAGCCAACACUGUAAACGAAGACGAAGCAGUCUUUUGUGAAAACGGAGCUCCAUCUGAAUGGCUCAGCACUGUUUUGCAGAAUGAAUACAGGUACUAUCACCAAUGCAUCAUUGAUGAAGACGGAAGUAGUAUGCUCCUAGUGGUACAACAGUGUUUAGAUGAGGCAGACUUUCCGGACAACUUUUCAAACAAGUCAGUCAUCUCCGUCGUAUCAACUAUGCAGAGGAAAAUCUCGAAAUGGUUCCAGUGCAUGGUAGAUAGAGCACCUUCUCUUCCAGAUGAAGAUGGCGAUGGGGUUUUGAAAUGCGGGUCCACCUGGCAAGACUUAGUGUUAACACUUGCUUUGAGAAUGUCUGCUUUUGAUACGUUAGGUGUCAAAAUUGGUCCUCAAGAAAUUUUAAAGCUAAAGGCUAUCAAAACUGGCCUAGCGUUUAAGAAGUGACUUAGAUGGAAAGUGUUUACAUAGUGAAACUUAUGACAACCCUGCAAAUUUAGUAAAUAACAUGCGUUAAUGUUCUGACCAAAGAAUGUAAACUGAAAUGCUAACAUUUUUGAAAAUAAACAGCAAACGGCAGA